GUAAACAUACAUGUACUAGUAUAUGAUUAUCUUUGGAUACAUGUAUAAGAUAAUCACGUUUUUUUUGUUCUCAUUAAUGAAUCAAAUUAUUUAUAAACCUACUUACUCAUGCUGCGUACUUAUAACCUGUCAUUGUAAUGUACAUGUAUGUCUGCCAUGGUAGCAUUCUAUGUAGGAAACAAUUUUGAUAAUCUCACAGGAAAAGUCAGAUGGAUUGAAGAAGAAGCAAAAUGGAUUUUUAUCGAUUAUUGAGAGUCAUGAGAGCAUCACCCAUCAUGGAUGACAAAUGGAACCCAAUGGCGGAGGAUCACGCGAACCAUUCCUUCAACUCCUAUAACAGGGGGCCUGCUUCAGGUCUUGGCGGAAACAGGGCCAGUCGAUCAGGACCUAAGAGACAUCGUCUUUACAUCAGGGGCCUGCCCAAAGAAAUGACAAACAAGGGGCUGGAGAACUUGUUUUCUUCAGUGACAACAGUGACAGACUGUUUUGUGAAACAGUCUGAGAUGCCGCAUACUUACGGGUUUGUUAACGUUAGUUCUGUGAAGGAUGUGGAGAAUGCCAUCAAAAAAAUGGACGGCCACAAAAUCAAGGACCACUGUCUCAGUGUGACCAUUGCGAGAGAGGAACGAAAUGAGCACUUCAACAGAGACGAUGGUAGGCCUCAAGGCAGGCCUCGCCCUGGAGGUGAUGCCCGCGGAAUGAGAGGAGCUCCAGCCCAAUCACCACCAUCCAGCAUGAACAAUGGUAUUUCCAUGAACGGCAAUGGCCACAGCGUGAACAAGGAAAGCAGCAGGUCCCCCACCAAACAGUCCUCUCCUAUGACCGACAGGUCACCCUCCCGACAGUCCUCUCCUAUGAGCAGCAGGUCGUCUCCCACCAAACAGUCAUCUCCUAUGAGCAGCAUGGUGACUGGGGGCUGCGAAGAAUGCCAGCGACUGCUCAUGGAACUCAUGGCCCACAUGCAGCGGAACCAUAGCCAAGCGCCGAACCAAGGCGCAAGCCAAGGGGCUACUACCAAGGCCUCGGGCGACGUAACGUCCCCAGUCUUCGUCAACGGCAGAGAUGUGCCUUACAACGGUCCGAGCCGAAUUCCUAGGUCCGACCACGAGCAGAACCAGCAGCAGGUCAACAGUCUCCCCCCAAGAGGUCGGACGCCAACGGAAAGAGGUCGGUCACCAACGGAAAGAGGUCAGGCACAGAGCUUCCAGCAGAGUCCCAGUGGAAGCGCAUUCAGCAAGCCCAGCCCGACCAAGAACAAGAGCCCGGAGGUCAACAAGCCGGUGCCAGUGCCGAUGUCCAAGGAUCAGGAUAGCCAGAAUAACAAGGGUGCCUCCUCCAUAGCUGUGUCACCUGCUGGAAGGAUGGAGACAGCUGAGCAGAAGAAGGCAGAAUGUGAUCUGAAACCGUGUGAAGCGUGUGAGAAACCAGCUGUGCAUGGUUUGCAAUCCCCCACAGGUUCGAAGCACUGCUCCAAGUGUGGCGUUACCUACUGCUCCGUGACGUGCCAGAAGGGUGACUGGAGGAAACACAAGAAUAAGUGCAAGCCUAACCAAUCCAGUGACCAGAGCGAUGCAGGUGCCUCACCCCCUGAGCUGACCUCUGUUAAUCUGAAGUUCAUUGAACCUUCCAAGACAGAAAUGAGAGUUGUACUGACUCACAAGAACAGCCCUGGCUCUUUCUGGGUUCAAGUCGGCGAUGAGACAAACGUACAACUCUACAACCAAAUGCUGAAAGUCCUCAUGGAGCAAGUAGAAGCAACAGGACCCCUACAAGACCCUAAACCUCAAAUGAUGUGCAUCUCUAAGUAUGCCGAGGACGAUUCCUGGUAUCGGGCAACAAUCCAGACGGUCAGCAAAGAACGUAUGGCCACCGUCUUCAUGGUGGACUUCGGCAACACAGAGAAGGUUUCCUUCAAUGACCUUCGACCUGCCUCUCCAGAACUCAUGGACUUCCCAGUAUUUGGACUUCACUGUGCUAUUGCAGGGGUGGAGCCGAGGGGUAGCGCUGGCAAGUGGUGCUAUGACAGUGUAAAGCUGAUGGAUUCACUACUCAAGGAAUGCCCGAUGCCCACCGUUUGCUUUGAAGACAAGAAGGCAGGUGUCUACCAGGUUGUUCUGAAAGUCGAGGAUAAAAAGUCAGGCACAGUAUCUGUUGGUGAUGCUUUGAUCAAACAGGAACUUGCUUGGCCCAAGGGUAGCCAACCAUCUACAUCGCCCAGGAAAGUUCUGAUGAAGGCCUCGAUGAAGCGCAUGCAGAUUCCUUUCGGAGGAGAACCAGUUAGGAUUGCCAUCAACAACUAUGUCAAUCCAAGGGAGAUGCAGUGCCAGAUCAUCACUGCUGAAAGUUUGAAAGCAUUGGAAGAGCUGUCGGGAGCAUUGAAUGCUUGCAUGGAGAGCCAACCUCAGCAGCCUGGUUUCACCCCCAUCCUUGGCGAAGUUUGUGCUGGCAGGUUUACACAGGACAACCAGUGGUACAGGGUGAGCAUAGAAUCAGCCAAGAUGGACGGAGGGUACUUUGUAGAAUACAUCGACUUUGGCAACACGGAGGUCCUCGAGGCAUCUAGGAUGUGCACUCUCCCGAGCCAAUUCCACGUCAUCCCGCAGCAGUCGUUCCUAGCUUCUUUCGCAGGUCUGCCUUCAGGGGACAUCUCUCCUGACCUCUCGCAGGCUGCCAUGCAGCGCCUCAGCCAGUGCAAGGAUGGCUUCUUCCUAGCCUCCUUCAUCAAAGACGGAGAUGGCGUUGUGUCGAUGGACGUGCAGGAUCCCGACACCAAGGAGGACAUUGCUGAAGCGAGCGGCCUCGUCGUGCCAAAGGUCAAGGGUCACAAGGUGUCGACUAUGACCUUCAGGACGAUCCACUUGAACAUGGAUACAGAGUUUGUGAUAACAGAGGCAGUGUCACCUGGAGAGUUCUACGGCUUCUCCCCCUCUGAAAAUGAGAGUUCUCAGAUCCUGGGAUUGGUUGCCGAGGGAGGAAAGGAAGUCAGUAGCCUGCCGGCAGUACAGAACUUCAGACCAAGCGUUGGGGAAGUGUGCUGGGCUCAGUUUUCAUGCGACAAGGACUGGUACCGUGCUGCAGUCUUGCGGGAGCUACCCAACAACGAGUUUGACGUCCAGUACAUUGACUAUGGCAAUGGAGAGAAGGUUCCCUUGUCUCUUAUGAGGCCUUUCAGCGAUAACAUGGCUGCCGUGCCUGUACUAGGAAUCAAGUGUUGUAUUGCAGGUCUUCCUAACCACAAUGGACCCUGGAGCAGCGAGGUGACAGAUAGCCUCAAGGAAAUGGCCGGGGUUGGCAGCAAGAAAAUAAUCAUCAAGGCCAUUGAACACAGAGAGAAUGUCACCUACGUGUGGCUUGAAGACCCCUCAACAGGUCUCAAUAUCUCCCAGGAAAUCAUCAACUUGGUGAAGGAAUCUUCCGGUAUAGCUGAUCCAUCUCCAGCAGUCAGCGGACCUUGCUCUCUAUCUUCCCAUCCGUCCCUCAGUGAGGGCCAGGGCCAUCAGCAGCAGCAGCCCAGUACUCCAAACCAUCCCUGCAGUGCUCCGCCGGCCGCCAUGCUUAGUCCGGAGCGGUUGAGUUCUAUCGAGAAGCAAAUGGCCGCUUUGCAGGCCCAGCUGCAGAUGGCCAGGGGAAUGUCCACCUGAGAACACGUCUACCUACAGUACAGGCACGUCCACCCGAGGGCACUUGGCGGCACACUCGCCCCGUAAGAUUAUUGAAACGAUACUGAGUUUUUGUUUUGUGUUUUGUUUUUUAAUCGUAAUGAGGCUGAUUUUCAGUUAGAAGUCUUUAGGUAAAUUACUAUUGAAAAAAGAUUUCCAUUGUUCCAAAGACUGCAAUGUCAGACCAGCAUUUUUAGUUUUGCCAAUUUGUGAAAGUGGCCUCACAAGAUUUAGGAUCAAGUGUAAUGUAAGUGUUGAGGGAUUUUGGGGUAGGAGAAAGAUUCUUCUGUUUGUUUUUGAACCUGUCCAAGAUAAAUUUUUAGUGAGGUGGGAAUGAUAUGCCAAAGUGACAGAACGCUUCUUAUUUCACACAUCACUGUCUUCUUGGUUAGGACUUCCUUGUUUUACUACAUGAAUAGCAAAAC